AUGGCCGAGAAAAUAACCCCAAAUCGGUUCGAGCUUGACGAAUUUUUUGCCACAGAGCAUAACUAUAAAGACCCCAAAUGCACAACGACUUUAAAAUUUGGCUAUUUUAUAAGUAAACCGGGUAACUUUAAUGCUCGCUUUUUCCGAAUAUCGCCUAAAAAAGCCAUUUUCAUGGACCCGGGAUACCGGCAAUUCCUUAUAAACUCCUACGAGGCCCUGAAAAACGCCGGAUAUUCAGACGGCAAAUUUAAAAAUGUUAAUCCAGGCAAGAUAGGCGUCUUCUUUGGACAGAGCAAUAACGAUUGGAAUGGGAUUAUUCACCACCUAAAAAGCUGCGACGCUUACACGUUGCAAGGUCCCACGUACUUUCUGGACUCGGUUUACGCCACAGCAUUUUCCUCAAUUUAUCUUACAUACCUUAACCUAUUUGCUGGUAACGUCGACAUGGCUGUAUGUGGCGCCGCGAACGUGGUUGCAUAUCCGCACUCGUGGACAAAUCUCAGCAAAUCUGGUAUUUUUUCCAAAACGGGCAACUACAAACCGUUCCGUAAAAAUGCCGACGGCUAUUGCAGGGCUAAUUUUGUCGGCAGUGUAAUGUUUAAAAGGUUUGGUAACGCCGUUGCUUACAAUAAUAAUAUUCUCGCCGUUAUAUUAGGGUCGGGCAGGAACCAUAGCGGCAAUUCUCCAUCCAUCACCACCUCGGAUGCUAAUGCUUAA